AUGAUGGCUUCCAUAUCUGUUGUCGUGAAGCAUCAGGGCAAGAAAUAUGAAGUAGAUGUCGAUCCCGAAUCGACAGGCCUGGACUUCAAGCUCCAGCUCUUCAGCCUUACCAACGUCGAACCCGAACGCCAAAAGAUCCUCAUCAAGGGUGGCCAGCUCAAAGAUGAAGCUGAUAUGAGCAAAAUGAAUCUCAAAGCUGGCCAAAACAUCAUGAUGAUGGGCACGCCUGGAGGUGGCGCUGGAGACCUGGUUCGCCCAGCAGAGAAGAUCAAGUUUGUCGAGGACAUGACCGAGGCCGAGCAAGCCCAGCAAGCUGGUGCCACUCCUGCGGGCCUCAUCAAUCUCGGAAACACAUGUUAUCUGAACUCGACUCUACAGACGCUGCGUUCCAUCCCCGAACUUCAGACGGCCCUGACAACAUAUAGCCCAGCGGGCAUGGCGCAGGCGGACUUGGCUGCCCAGCUCUCCAAUCUAUACAAGAGCAUGGGCAACACGCAAGACUCUAUCCAGCCGUUGAGCUUCCUCUCAGCAUUGAGGAUUGUGUUCCCCCAGUUUGCCGAAAAGUCCAAGAGCGGCCCUGGAUAUGCCCAGCAAGAUGCUGAAGAGGCCUGGUCUCAGAUCGUUCAGCAACUAGGUCAAAAAGUCACAAUCAAGACGACCCCCGAUACACCCAGCAUUUCUUUCGUCGAAAAGUACAUGGCGGGAGAAUUCUCCUCAGUCCUUGAAGAUGCCUUUUACAAGCUCGACUGCCACAUUGACGCUCAGACAAACCACUUGAGAGAUGGCAUCUUGGCCGCCUUGAGUGAGAAGCUGGAGAAGAGAUCAGAGGUACUCGGCCGAGACGCCACUUACACCAAAAAGUCCAAGAUCUCCCGAGCUCCCAAGUACCUCACAGUCCACUUUGUACGCUUCUUCUGGAAAAAGGAAACAAAGAAGAAGGCCAAGAUCAUGCGCAAGGUCACAUUCCCUCAAGAACUAGACAUUGUCGAGUUCUGCUCAGACGAGCUCAAGGAGGCCCUGAUACCCGUCCGAGACAAAGUCCGUGAAGUUCGGAAAGAUGAAGAGGACAUUGAACGUGCCCGUAAGCGCCGGAAGAAGACCCACGACAAGGACAUGAGUGACGUCCCUGGCGGCGCGGGCCUGCCUUCGGAGAGGGAGCUGAAGCAGCAGAAGGAGAAGGAGGCAAGCAAAACAGGCCAAUCGCAGCAGGCGAAUGAUGCCGACACUGUCAUGGGUGAAACUUUCAAGACGGAUGCCGAAGUUGAGGCAGAGAGCGAAGCUGCUCUUCUUUCCGCCAAGAAGGAGCUCAAUGCCCUGAUAAAUCCCGCUCUACGUGAUGAUGACGGUGCCAACCAGUCAGGUCUCUACGAGCUCCGUGGCGUCGUCACCCAUCAGGGUGCCAGUGCCGACAGCGGCCACUACACGGCAUACGUCAAGAAGACGGGAACUGUGGACCCCAAGACGGGCAAGAAGGAAAAGGAAGAUGGCAACUGGUGGUGGUUCAAUGACGACAAGGUAUCCGAGGUGACGGUCGACAAGGUUGAAGCCUUGGCUGGCGGCGGCGAAUCCCACUCAGCCUUGAUCCUUCUCUACAAGGCAAUCCCUCUGCCUAGUGCCGAAGGUGUUGAGGAGUAA